GUCAUAUUUGCCUAGCGUGCUACUCAGUGUUGGAUAAGCCCGACUGCGUUGAACUUCAUCAUGUGGAAACUCAUGAUCACUUUCGCUUUGCUGAUCUCUGUGACAGCGGCGACCAGCCCUGCGGUUCUAUGUCGUUAUUGUUUACUGUGGUGUCCAACUGGCAGAGUAUACGGCCAAAACGGAUGUGCGCUGUGUAUGUGCCGUCCAGCACCUAAUGACGAUUUUAGUGUAUGCCCGCCACAGUGUGAAAUGGCUUGCGCUGAUGGGUUUGUACGAGACGAGAACAACUGUGACAUCUGCCAGUGUCGAGAUCCUCCAGCAAUGUACGAAAACGAGUAGAAAUGAAUUCCAGAGCCACGUGAUCUCCACAAAACCCAC